AUGGCUGCACUCACAGGACCAAAGACGACUUCAGAUCCAGCACUUCCUGCGCUGGCGGCUCAAGAGCCAAAGAAGCUAUCAGGACUUGGUCUGUACGGCAGAUUCGCCUUUGCUGGCGCAGUCUGCUGCUCCGUCACCCACGGUGGUCUUACUCCUGUCGACGUCGUCAAGACCAGAAUCCAGCUCGAUCCCGUCACAUACAACAGAGGUCUUAUUGGAGGCUUCAGACAAGUCGUUCAGAAUGAAGGUGCAGGUGCCCUUCUGACCGGUGUCGGCCCAACCUUUGCAGGUUACUUCUUGCAAGGCGCUUUCAAGUUCGGUGGUUACGAAUUCUUCAAGCAACAGUCGAUAAACCUGCUCGGCUAUGAGACUGCCUCCAACAACAGAACUGCUGUAUACCUUGCCUCAUCCGCUUGUGCAGAGUUCUUUGCUGAUAUCGCUCUCUGCCCUCUCGAGGCCACUCGAAUUCGACUUGUCUCCGAGCCAACCUUCGCUAAUGGUCUCGUUGGUGGCUUUGGCAAGAUCUACAGAACUGAGGGUUUGGGUGCAUUUUACUCCGGUUUCGGCCCUAUCCUCUUCAAGCAGGUUCCUUAUACCAUGGCCAAGUUCGUCGUCUAUGAGAAGGUCUCAGAAGCUAUCUUUAGGUCGGUCGACAAGAACACCGCGAGUGAUGGCACAAAGACCCUGAUCAACUUGGGAUCUGGUUUGAUCGCUGGUUUCGCUGCAGCCCUCGUUUCUCAGCCUGCUGAUACUAUGCUUUCCAAGAUCAACAAGACCAAGGGUCUGCCUGGUGAGGGCACAACCAGCAGAUUGAUCAAGAUUGCUCAAGAGCUUGGUUUCCGAGGUUCAUAUGCUGGUAUCGGUGCUCGUCUAUUCAUGGUCGGUACUCUUACUGCUGGUCAGUUCGCCAUUUAUGGUGAUAUCAAGAGAGUCAUUGGUGCCACCGGUGGUGUCGAAAUCUCUAAAUAA